AUGUAUAUGUUACAGAGAGAGAAAGGAGGACCAAGGAACAAGAUGGCUUUAUUUGAACAUCUUAGUAUUCCCUCUCAACAGUUGAAUUCUGGGUUAUGUUCUGUAUUGCUUUUACCACCUAGUAAUACAGUUUCUUCUGCCUCAGCGUCCAUGAGCCAGGGUGGUGGGCGUGAAAGGACUGUGUUUUCCCCAUAUUACAUCCCUCCUCCUGCACCUCAUCACUUCAGUGAGGAGAUUCACACUCGCUCAGGACACGUGGCCGAAAUCAAUUCUGGUACCACCACCGAACAUCAGGAAAAUGCGGAACAGGACACGCUUGUUCCCUUUAACGUAGUUAACAAUAUGGGAUGGGUUGUACCUGGUACUUGCGUUUCUUCAUCCCAACUUCCUAGGGAUAAACAUAUGAAACAACCAAAUACUACGGAUUUGAGGUCAUGUCAAAAUUCAAGUAGGGAUUUCAUGGAGAAGAGUAUGUGUAUGUAUCAGACUCUAGGCAUCAAAAUGGUUCAGGUAACGAUUUAG